AUUCUGUUAAUAAAAUUAAUGAUAGAGUUAUAGAUUGGGAGAUCGGAACCAGUUUAUAGACAAAUUUUUGUAUUAUCCCUCCGAAACAUGACACAAAGUAUCGUAAUACAAGUUGGACAAUGCGGGAAUCAAAUUGGCUGCCGGUUUUGGGAUUUAGCUUUGAAAGAACACGCGUCAGUGAACAGGAAGGGAAUAUAUGACGAUGCCCUGAAAAGUUUCUUUAGAAACGAAGGUGGUGAUGAAAAUAGAAAGACCAUUGCCGACUUAAAAGCUAGAGCAAUUCUUAUUGAUAUGGAAGAAGGAGUCGUAAAUGAGAUAAUGAAAGGGAAAUUAAGAAAUGUUUUCGAUCGUCGUCAACUGAUUACUGAUGUCUCAGGAUCGGGAAAUAACUGGGCCGUCGGCCACAUGGUAUAUGGACAGCAGCAUAGGGAAUCGAUAUUAGAAAACGUUCGUAAGGAGGCGGAGUCCUGCGACAGUUUACAAUGCUUCUUUAUACUUCAUUCUAUGGGAGGGGGCACUGGUUCCGGUUUAGGCACUUCAGUCCUAAGAUUGGUUGCUGAAGAAUAUCCGGACGUUUAUCGUUUCGUAACCGCCGUCUAUCCAUCGUUUGACGAUGACGUAAUUACUUCGCCUUACAACACGAUGCUCGCUACUAAUCAACUAACUAAUUAUGCCAACUGCGUUCUACCGAUCGAAAAUCAGUGCUUGACAAACAUUAUUGAAAGGCACGCUAAAAUGAACAAACAAUCGGAAAAGAAAACAGGCAAACCGUUCGACAAUAUGAAUGAUAUAGUAGCGAACCUUUUAUUAAAUUUGACCAGCUCCUCGAGAUUUGAGGGUUCUCUUAACGUCGAUCUAAACGAGAUAACGAUGAAUCUGGUGCCUUUUCCUAAACUUCAUUAUAUCCUGUCCAGUAUGGCACCUAUUUAUUCUACCAAAGGAAUAGGGCCUAGAAGAUUAGACGAAAUUUUUACGGAUGCUUUUACGUCACUUAAUCAUCUGGUCGAUUGCGAUCCGUUAAGAAACCUUUAUUUGGCUAGUGGAUUGCUGAUUAGGGGGAACGUUCAACUAUCAGAUGUCAGGAGAAAUAUAGAAAAAUUACAAAUGAAAUGUAAAUUUGUUCCCUGGAACAAAGAUGGCUGGAAAAUCGGCUUAUGCUCUGUUGCGCCUGUCGAUCAUCGCUACUCUUUACUUUCUCUAUCAAACAAUACUUGCAUAGCUCAUAUUCAUCAUUAUACCGAUCAUGGAGAAAUGAGUAUUAACGAAUUUGAUUUGGCAAAUGAAAGCUUAAAAUCAUUGAUAGAGGAAUACGACGACUUAAAUACGCGCCAAUGGAUAGUACCGGAAAGGCUAAAAAUUGUUUUAUAG